AUGGAUUCUACCAUGCCGACAUCUCGCUCAUCAGUUCGGUCAUCAAUAUCAGUAAAUGAAAAUAAUAAACAUUCUCUCUUUCUUCAGUCGUGGGAAGUCUUUGAAACUUCUGCAGUAGAAAUGUUCGAAAACAAUAUUAAAAUCAUUAAUAAUCCAGAUAAUUUUCAUGCAUUAAUAUCAAAGUCUUCAACUACAUUUGCAAACUUCUUCCAAACAGUAUCAAGACUAUGUGGAAACAUCUUGACAAUUAAACCAGGUAGGAAACAAGGAUUAGUUAGUGGAGCCUCAGCAAUUCGAUCAUCAUAUGCUCCUUUCUCUUUAAGUUGGACAAAACUUACUGAUGAUUUAGAACAUCAAUACCUUCACAUAUAUCGCCAGAUCAGCGUUGAGUUUGAAAAUACACUUUUACCGAUGAAAUCUUUUAUUACUCAAAAUCUUAACCAAUAUAACAAUUCAACGACUCAACUCUUAUCAUUAUUCUCUGAACUUAAGAAAACAAUUGAGAUUAUCUUCCAAAGUGAAGAAUAUUUACAUCAAGGAAGUCAAUAUUUUUCAGAAAUCACAAGUAACAUAUCAGUCAUACUUGCAAAUAUACCAGAUCUCCCAAUAGAUCAACAAAACAGUUUCAUGUCUUCUCUUGAUAUCCUUUUCCGAGCAGCAAUUACCUUUUUAAUGAAUUAUCAUUCACUUUUAUCGUCAAAGAACCAAUUUCAAGAGAUUUUAGACGAAUACGUUUCAAGGUUAGAGCUUCAAGUUGAAACAUCCAGAUCAGCAGUUCCAAGUCACCCACCUCCUCUCAGUAGUUUGCAAAGUUCAAGGGAAAUGAUGUCGAAAUCUCCUCCAUCAUCGUAUGAAAUCAAAUAUUUGGGAGGAACAACUCUAGAUGAAGUUAUAUCCAAUGGCCAGAAAGUUAUUGGAACAGAGCAACAAUCACACAGACUUUUCUUUGAUGAUCUUUACAAAUUCGCAAAUUUUCUGAGAAAAAUUUCUGAAGAAAAUAGCAGAUUUAGAAAGAUUAACUCUCUGAUUUUUGAGAAAGAAGAACCUGAUGAUGAAGAUGUAAAAGAACUGAAAGAAAGGCUUAAAAGAGUAAGAUAUAAUGAAAAGAAAAUUUAUGAUCUCGAAAAACAGUUGGAUAGUCUUAUAAACAAAGAGAAUAAAGCUCAGAGAGAGAAUAAGGAAUAUGAAGAGGAGAACAAGCGUCUAAGUCGUAUUAAUACUGAACAAAAUGAUAGAUUUAAUAAUUUUAUCGGAAAAAUGGCAGAUCUUAUUGGAACAGAGCCUAGCGAAGAGAAACUACUUGCAAAAAUGGAUCAAACAAGAAAUAACAAGGCUUGUUUGUGCAUGAAUCAAUUUUUAUUUGGAAGUAAAGAGGAAAAAUACCUUGGAAGCUUCAACGCAUUAUCAGCUCAGUUUGCCUCAUUAAGAAAAGAACUCAUUGUUCUCUCAAAUUCGUCUGAAACCUCAUCUCAUUCGGAAAUUUUAAAUAAUCUCAAAGAGGUUUCAAAACAAAAUAAAGAAAUCAUAACAAGCAAACGCAAGGAAGAUCAAAAACCAUCAGAAAAUACUCAAGAUGCUGCAAAUUACAGUAAAUUCAAAAACUCUAUCGUUUCAAUUUUGAAAAGUGCCAAUAAAAACGUUCAGCAAAAUAUAACGAUGAGUGAAAUUGUUACGAUUUUAUCUGAAAUAUGCCAAGCAUCUACAAAUGAGUAUUCAACUUCAUAUUUGAACAAAACUUUCACAUCGGUUGUUGAUUUGAUUGAUGUAAGUUCAAAAACAGUCCCUUCUGUUUAUCUUCCGGAAGUUUGUUAUUACUUUAUGCUUAUGUAUCAAUCAAUCAACUAUCUCAAGAAAUUUACUUCUGAUAUGGAUGAGGUUUUUGAUAAAUUUGAAUUUAAAUUGCCAAUAAAGGGAACAGCUGAAUACGACAACUUAAAACAUUGCAGUAAUCAGCUUGCGAAACAUUUACAUGAAAUAGAACCUUCUUCAAUGCAUUCCGUUGUAUUUCAUGCAAUAAGUAGGUUUAUUAUCUUAGUUGAGGCGUUUGUUUCGAAUCUGUAA